GGAACACAUUUCUGUUUGAGAGGCCAGUGAUUAUGCCUUGUCUUGUUUACCCAUGACCUCUGCUCUUCAUACAGUGUCCAGAACAGGAUAAAGCAAAUAUUUGCCAAAUGACUCAAUCAGUAUCCGUGGAAUAACUCACGAUGUUAAUAUAUUCAUUCAGUUGUAACAUCUUUAUAACUAUUACAGUUCAUUUUUAUAACUAUUAGUAUUACCCAAUUUGUCAUCUUAAAAACUUUACCCAUUGGAGCAAACAGGUGAAAGGUAAAUUCAUCCCUGUGGAUUUGUAUACAUUAAUUCAAACCCUCUAGUUUUGAAAAGUUUUUUCUUUUUGAAAUAUUAGAGUGUAUAUAGGCUGACAAUUAAGAUCUCAGUAUGUAAAUAUCCUCAGAUGUAUAUUCUUUGAUUUGUUUCCAUGUACAGUACACUUUUAGUAGAGUUUCAUAAAUCUUAAUUUAUGAUAAUUUGAAUUGGGUCAGUCAGAUUUGUGGUUACAUUACUGAGGAAAUAAGUAUGUGUGCCCAGAACAUGAAUGACAAAAUCAUUUCCCUUUUCAAAGUACACCUACAAUUUCAUGUGUUUUAGCAGGCAGAGCUUGGCAUUGCUCAAGUUCCAGUGCUUAUUAUGGUAGAUCUUAGAUGUCUAUUAGACUAGCGUGAGACACAAACAAAUGCCUUGGGCGAUAAAAAGCCCCCUUCAUCAAGAUGGCAGAGCUGGGAGGAUUUGGGGAGAAGCCCUGGCAGCAGAGCUGAGGGAGAGGCAGAGGUUCAAGAGGGGGCCCAUCUGAGGGCUCUUGCUGAGACUCACAAUGACAAAGUUUCUUACAAAGAAUGAUGUCUUGAGAGAGAACAUCCUGUUAAUAAGAUUCUGUACUCAUAUUUAAAAAAGUCUAAAUAUUUAAGGUUCUGCCUUUUACAUUGUUUUUAUUUUUUCUUGUCCCUCAAAAACAUGAUACUAUAUAAACACAGCCUUCUUUCAUUUGAGCUAAUUUUAUGGAGUUUCCUACACCUGCCCCCAUCAGAUUUUAGUCCUCGGAGAGGUUUUCAGCCCAUUGUUUCUGACAAGUUGGCGUAGUUUUCUUCUUAGGAAAUAUUUUAUUGCAAAUAUUUAGGCUGCCACCAUGGAAGAUACUUUUUUAUCAAAACAUAAAAUAAGUAAAAUAUAUAAUGAAGGACAUAAAAUUAAACACUUAUUAAAUCUUGUGCAACCCUUCAGUAUGUAAGAGUACUUGAUAUUAAGGGGUAGAAGAGGCAGAGAUUAGGGAAUGUGUACAUUUUCUGUGUUUAGCAUAGAGCCAAAGAAUAAAAAGAGAUCAUGGACUUUUAAAAUAAUUCCCUGACUCCUUCUUAAGGAUAAUUUUAAAGUUGUAGAGCUGGUUAUCCAGUUGCAUUUAGACAAGAGCAAUGACAUGCUAAUCCAGGCAUUCAGGUAGGUUACAAAUGAAUUUUCAACUGCUUUUCAGCAAUAGAAAAUAAUUUAAUUUAUAGUUUUAUUUAACUGAUUUGAAAGUUAAAGGAGCUUUCUGUUAUAAAUAAUGAAAAAGAUCUUUGUGGGAUAAAGGACACUGCUGUCACUAUACUUUUGGUAUUUGGAGCUAGUAUUUCAGGAAAACAUCAAAGUAAAUUAGUUAAUUACCCUUGUUUGGUCCCAGCUAUGCCAUAAGUAAAUUAGAAAUAAUUUGAUAUUUUGAUUAGCAGGAUAUUAGGAGAUAUAUGUGCUUUCUGAUCACAAAGUACCAACAAGUGUUUUUUCAGGCACUGAAUUGUUUGGAGGACAAGGACAAAUCUGCCCAUCGAUUGCAAAAAAAAACAACAAAGCAAACUCUUUUUGUUCAGAUUUGCCCUUGCAAGUAAAGAGCACAACCCUUUGUCUUGGAUAAUUUCUAGCAGAGUGGUUCCGAGAAUUUAUCAGACAGCCUCCUGACCCUUCAGCACCCUUACCACACUAUCUCCUUCAGAAACAGGGGCCUUUGGGAAACAGAUUUCUUCAAAGUACAGGUGUGCGGAGGGGGAAGAGGAGACCCAAAUGCACAAGCAAAGUUACAGUGAAACCCAGGCCCAUGCCGCGCUACCUAAGGUGGGCCAGCCAUGAGAGGCUACCUUGUGGCCAUAUUCCUGAGUGCCGUCUUCCUCUACUAUGUGCUGCACUGUAUACUAUGGGGAACAAAUGUCUAUUGGGUGCCACCUGUGGAAAUGAAACGAAAAAAUAAGAUCCAGACUUGUUUAUCAAAGCCAGCUUUUGCCUCACUCCUGAGGUUUCAUCAGUUUCACCCUUUUCUGUGUGCAGCUGAUUUUAAAAAGAUUGCUUCCUUGUAUGGUAGUGAUAAGUUUGAUUUGCCCUAUGGGAUAAAGACAUCAGCGGAGUAUUUUCGACUUACUCUUUCAAAACUGCAGAGUUGUGAUCUAUUUGAUGAGCUUGACAAUGUGCCGUGUAAAAAGUGUGUGGUGAUUGGUAAUGGAGGCGUCUUGAAGAAUAAGACAUUAGGAGAAAAAAUUGACUCCUAUGAUGUAAUAAUAAGAAUGAAUAAUGGUCCUGUUUUAGGACAUGAAGAGGAAGUUGGUAGAAGGACAACCUUCCGACUUUUUUAUCCAGAAUCUGUUUUUUCAGAUCCCAAUCACAAUGAUCCUAAUACUACGGCGAUUCUCAUUGCUUUUAAGCCACUUGAUUUAAAGUGGCUGUGGGAAUUGUUGACAGGUGGCAAAAUAAACACUAAUGGUUUUUGGAAGAAACCAGCCUUAAACCUGAUCUAUAAACCUUAUCAAAUCAGAAUAUUAGAUCCUUUCAUUAUCAGAACAGCAGCGUAUGAACUGCUUCAUUUCCCGAAAGUGUUUCCCAAAAAUCAGAAACCCAAACAUCCGACAACAGGAAUUAUCGCCAUUACGUUGGCAUUUCACAUAUGUCAUGAAGUUCACCUUGCUGGAUUUAAAUACAACUUUUCUGACCUCAAGAGCCCUUUGCACUACUAUGGAAAUGCCACCAUGUCUUUGAUGAAUAAGAAUGCAUACCACAAUGUGACUGCAGAACAGCUCUUUUUGAAGGACAUUAUAGAAAAAAAAUUUGUGAUCAACUUGACUCAAGAUUGACCCUCCCAACUCAGAAGAUGCUGCUGUUUUAUUUUUAUAUGGCAAUUUUUAGUUUAUUUUUAAUGUUGGGUGAAUGCAUCAAAAAAUUAUGUAUAUUAUGUCUGUUGUUGGCUGGUGAUUCAUAACCACCAGCUUGAAUUCUGUGAAUAUAUUUAAUUUAUGAAAACCAAGAUAAGAUCUAUCAGGGAAAUGUUUUGGUUGCAUUGUUUUUAAAAUAAGCCUGUUUUCUGAGGUGUUUUUAAAACUUUUUUUUUUUUUGAGAGGGUAUCUCUCAUAUUUAUUGAUCAAAUGGUUGUUAACAACAAUAAAAUUCUGUAUAGGGGAGUUAAUGCUCAAUGCACAAUCAUUAAUCCACCCCAAGCCUAGUUACUACAUCUUAGGCUUUUGAAGAGAUGUGACUUCCUAAUGAGGGGAUUUAGUUUACUGCAACAAAUUUUGAAUAUGACAUUUUAGAGGUGUUAUUUGUCUACUGUAAAUCAGUGGCAUGUGGUUGUGCUCUGUGUGGCCAUCUGGAACCACUUCAGGUCUCUAAUAGCAUGACUGCUUGGUUCCUUUUAGCUCUGAGGAACUUGAUUUGAAUCUUAAACUGGCCCUGAAUACAGCAGUAUGGAUGUUUACAGUAAGCUAAGAUCUUGCUGGUUUAAUUUUUUUCCUGCCAUUAAGUAAACCAUGAAUAUGAUUUCGUAGAAUGAAGAUAGUGUUUUAUAUUAAAUUGAAGGAAAGAGGCUAAAUAUAAAAUUCUGGAUGAGUGAAUAACCAAAGAAUAUAAUUACUAAAGUCUUGUGACUGCAUUAUUUUAAUAGUUUAUAAAACAAAGCAGCAGAGCUGGCAAGCUCAAGGAGAUAAUUCUUAAACAUUAUUUUUUACUUGGUUUGUUAAAUUCUGAAAGCUUAUUUGAAUUAGGAAAAAGAAGAAGAUGACAAGUAAGUAAACCCUUAAGACUCAAGCUGUUUUUGGAUUUAUGUGGUAUUUUCAUGAAAAAUCUCACUUGUCCACAUGAUGAAAAUUGCAUCUUCAAAUGGAAGGCUUACCUUGGUAUGCCAGAAAAGGAUCCUGUGAGAUGCAACAAGGCCAAGCCAGUCCAACAAAUGUGGUGAGCUAUUUUAAUAUAACUGAAGGCUUUGGGGAGGGAGGGAGAUGAGGGGUGAAGGAGAAAAGAACAGAAGUCUGAAGAAGGAUGGAAUUAAAAGCCCUGAAGAGAGGGAUGAGUUGAAAGAACUUAUCUUCUGAACAGUACUUAUCAUUGGGAGACACUGAUGAUGUCACUGAUCACCAGCCUGCCUCUCUAAAAGGGGUGUAGAAAGCAUGAAAGAUUACAGUAGAAACAGGAAUAAAUGAAAUACUUAAAAGCAGUCUAUGAGGCGGAAAUUAGCAGUUGCUUUGACCUAGAUCUGAACAUUUGCGAUGGAGUGUGUUCUGCAGGUCCAAUGCUCGUUUGCACAGAACCACAAUUUGAUCCUUCUCGUAACUUUUGGGUGGAGAAGGCAGGAACGAGGCAGGUCCCUCAUACCACACAGCUGCAGGGUGGCUGAAAUUCAGCUUGACAGAAAGUAGUUCAGGGUUCAAAAAGGAUGGUGCUGCCUACAGAAAAAGGCAAUCAAAACUCAAUGGUGGCAUUUUCAAAUGUAAGCACUGUAAUAUUGGCCAAAAUAUUUCUGACUGACAUUAAAAUUGAGGAAUCUGGCAUUUUUGUAUAAGAGAAAAGGCUACAAACCUCAACGUGAUUUUAUUUAAGCCAAAAAAAACUAAGCAAGACACAUAUAUACAAUUUAUUAUGAACACAUUAAAAUUUUACUAUUUAUACCCUAAAUUCUAGCAACAUAUACAAAUACUGAGUGACUACAGUACAUGCCGAGGUAAGAAAAUUACAUUCUAGGAGAAUAACACUGACACUUAAGCCAUUUUGUUUCCACCUGUCCCAGUGCCAAAAAAGAGGAGAUGAAGAAGAAACUAGCCACAAGUUGGAUUAAAUGAGAAUUGGUGCCACAGCUGACCUGUAAAGUAUUUUAAUAACCAUCCAACUCUUUAGAUUUUACAGUUUAGGGACUUCAAGUUCAGAACCUUUGAAAGGCAUAACUUAGCUGAUUUCUCCUAAGGUUUGAAAAGCUUUCCUGUCCCAUACAAUCUAUUCUCUCUAACUGUAUCAUCUGACAUGGUGUUGCUAUGGCCCUCUUGCUCCUAAGUGACACUGUGGAGCCAAGAAGUUCAAGCUUUAACUCUUUCCAGAGUUAUGGCCACAUUCAUAGUUAGAUGAGCUCAUUUUCUGCUCCCUCCUGAGGGAGAGGGCAAGUACAUACAUCAUGUCAUAGUUUCAAUUCCUGUAUAAAUUUUCUACUCGAACCAUUUCAUCAGCGAAUAAACCCAUUGUUCAAUGCAAAGUGCAAAUAGUGAAACAUGGACGUAAAUAGCUGGAUUAAACCCUGUACAUAUGAUACGAUUUCUUUAGAUUUACAGCUUUUAAUAAAAUAUAAAUCAGCAUUCACAAUAUCUUUUAACUGUGCUGGUUCCUAAGAUCAAGUAACAGUAGCAUUAGUGUAAUUUUAUGAAACCUGUAGGGGCCACACUUGCUGUACCACUGUCUGAUUCUAUUUUUAUAACUGUAGUAACAUGAAAAAAUUUAAUCUAAUAAACUACAGUGACUUUAGCAAAGAAUAAAAAUUCAAGGCAAUUUUGUAAAAAAAAAAA